GACUCCCGAAAAGUAUACUGCCCUGUUUAGGUGUCCCUUCUACGCAUGCGUUUGAAAAUUGAAACACACACGCAUAUACCAGUGCUUUUACACAAGAAUUUCUUUGUGUCGUAUAUUCCGGUCGUAAUCCCCGCUGCCGCGUUUAAAUUCGCUAAUAAGAAAUGGGCCCUAUGAAAAAUUACGGGGUCCGUUACAAAUAGCAAGGGACGGUUGUGAAUCCCUUGACCAUCAACAAUGAAUGAAUGAAUGAAUUACCGAGUAUUAACAAUACUCUCCCGCUACAAGAAACGGAUCGUUCCUGUGAGUGUGUUUUAACCAUGUUUCGCACCACGGUCCAUGCUUUCCUGUGAGUAUGCAAUGUAUACGCCGUUAUAAUAGCGACAAGUAUGUUGCACUAUAUAUUAAGCAGUUGAUAUUCAAGUUGUCCUGUGGUAUUCUAUGUGUUUUUAUCGUACGAUAUCUAAUCGGGCUAAAAAUUGAUUGCCUCUUAACCCCUCGAUGCUCGAGUGCUUUUCCACAUUGCCGGCAAAAACAAUCGAGUUUUUGUUUUGCCUUGUAUUUGAGUUUAAUAGAAUCAUCAAAUUUCGAACUAAAGAAUAAAGAUCCGAAUUAGACACGAUGAAACAACUAUCGAAAUUAAAGUGGGUAAUACAAAGAAUGUAAUGUAAAUGUAAAUUAAAUAAAAUCUACCAAUGAAUCGUGUCGAUUAAGAGGUUAAGAUUCUGACAUUUGCACCAACAAAACUGGAUGAACGUUUCAGAUAAUUACACAUUAAAUUUCGCAGGAAAUAAAACAUCAGAAAAAUAUUUAAAUACGCGAACAUUAUUUUUUAAUCGAUAAUAUAUUUGAUUUGAAAUCGGUGCACGGUUAUCGAUCGGUAUUCUUCCUUUCGUUCAAACGUCUCUUUGUUUAAUGUUUAUACAUAGAUAGAUGUAUUUUUCAUAAACAAAGCAAUCGCGUGAUCUUAAAACGUAUAAACCAUUACAUAAGAAACAAAGCUUAUUUAUGAGGUUCGCAUAUGGAAGAACAAUAGUAGUGUUUAAACAGUUUGAUAAGAGUAGUUCUUAAAUAUUUUUAAUUAAAAUAUUUAAUUAAAAUUAUUAAUAAUUCGAACGUUAAGCAAUUUUAACAGCAGAAGUGUCCGUUCUGCCCAUAUCGCUACAUGGUUAUGCACUUUCGCGUUUAAAUACGAAUUCGAAUCUUGCAAAACGUGUAUCGUCUAGACUAUACAAAAUCGAUUCAAGAGGUUCGCGAUUAAAUUAUAAUUAUCACAGAAAUAUAUACAAACAUAACAUGCUUCGUGCAAUAUGGAUCCAGGGCUGUUUCGUUGAAGACUCGUACAGUCGCUUUUUCAGUAAUGUACAGUCCAGUAUGGCGAGGAUCAAGGUCAUUGCACUGCUUCGAGUUCGUGUACAAUCGCAUAGUCGUUCAUGAAAUACAUAACUUCCGAGAACUAUAAUUCCGUUUCUUCAUGGGUUAGCUCGUGUAAUUAACCGUCGAUCGGUGUUUGGAAAAUUACAGUUGUUUUCGAAAUGUUUUUGUUUAUGUUCGGCCGAUAGAAUCGCGUUAUCUAUCGUACGAGACGUUCUCUCUCAAAUAAUCCUACAAUAUUAGGCCAGCUAUUUAUUUCUAAAGUAAUAAAUUUAAUUUACUUUAGUUUAUCAAUCUUCAGAUUUUAAUUCUGUAUUUAUGUCACGGAUUAAUGUAGACCAAUGAAUUCUGUGCCAUUACUCGAGAUUUGUCGUCGUUUGAUUGACUUAAUGCCACAUCCUCGCGAGGAAGUUAUUCGUCAAGAAGACAAGAGUAAUGCGUUGCUAAUGUCUUUGUAACUUUCAUUUUGCCUGAUUUAAAUUUGCACUAUUUAUUCUGUCUGCCCAUUCGAAAAAUCUAUUAUUCGAAUUACGAUUAUUCCAAGAAGCUUCUUUCCUCACAAUCAGUCGCUGAGACGAUUUCAAUGAACCGUUUGUUGCGUUAUCUAAAAAGCAAUUCCGUAAGUCGUUUGCUUUAUUGGCAAGUAAUGUACGUAAAGAAAUAUACCGUAUCUUUGGUUUUGAUACCGAGCCAAUUAAAGAACUACCAUUUUUCAUUACGUUAUACAAAUACGUUUCAUAAGUACAGUUGUUUUACGAUGUAAAAUAUCAUACUUCACUUCAAAUACUUUUACGCAAGAGGUGACGGUCAAUUUAACACGUUGAUUGCCACGGUGGUCAUUGGUGACUAAUACUUCAAACAUACAACGUUUUUUUAAAAAGCUUACAUCCUGAUGUUCUUUAAAUUCCUUUAUUCGUUGUUCAUUUUUUGAAUCACCGUUAAAAAUGUACACGAUGAUUUGUGAGGGUUAUCAUGCUCUUGAUGGCGCCGCGGUCAUCUUGGAUUUUAACGAGAAUUCACGAUUUCCAGGAAUUGUUAGCUACAAUGCGCUAGAAUCGAUGAUAUCAAAUCGAAAUUAAAGUUGCAUCGUCAUUUUUGCACGUUUUAGCGUAACUGUAGUAUUCGAGAAUUUACAAAAAUGGAGAUAGGUAACUCAACGUUGCGACAAUAUGUGAAAUUUACGCGCAAACGAUGUAAUCAACGGUUUCACGGAGCGAAUUUAUUUCUAUAUUUGAAGUACGUGACCGUGAAUGCGUCGAUAACGAAGCUUUCCAAUCAGGCUACCGUUUUUAUUGAGUUAUCGUCGUUCGUACGGCGUGUCUCGAUUUACCAAACACCGUGAUACGCGGAAAAUUUAAGGUUAGGUUCGCGUAUGACUUAUCGCAACGACUUGACGAAUGUUUACGUACUUCCGUACUUUCGAGACUCGUACAGCGUUUGACAUAAUAAAAGAAUCACUCGAAGAACGAAUAUUAAUUUCAAUAUCGAAUUUUAUAAAAAUCGCUCCAGGAUUAUUUCGAACGACUAGAAGAAUUACUCUCUCAGCGAGCAAAAAAUUAGGUUUAACUUCGGUUUUUUAUCUCAAGAACAAUGUGUUGAUUAAUAACAGUCAUUAUCUUAAAUACCUUCGAAGGCGUGAGAAGUUAUUAAAGGGGCUAUCGUAUGGCGAUGACAAUUUUUUUUUUUUUUGGUACAAGCGCAACUAUUCCUAUAAUUUUUAAUUUAUCUUCUGAUAGCAACCAUCGAAGCAAACACAACGAAGCGUGCAACAUUAAGGCCGAGGACUAGAAUGUUACUCGGAGACAUUGUUCGAAAUAUACAUAUAAAAUUGACUAUCGUCAGGUGCAAUGCUGUUGCUAUGCUCUUGCAAACCACAAUGAUGUUUACCUGUGCGAAUAUCUUAUGUACAAAAGUAAUGAACAUUGCACGCGAUAAAAGAAACAUAAUCAGAUUAGUAUCGAUCGAUCGAUCGUGAAAAUAUUGACAAAAUUCUUAUCUGGAACAAAAUUUCGAGCAACAAAAGACGAUUGAAUGUUUAUCCGUUACUCUUUGAAUAAAAAUCGAAUAACAGGAAUGUUAAUUAGCGUGUAUGGUUGGUCAAUAGAAAAUCGAUAGUGGUUAUUGCAGGUUUAACGUCUAUAAACUAUGUAUUUAUGGUGUGGGAUGGGGCCCGUGAAGGGGACAUACCUGGUCCAGAGUUAAGAAGGGGGGCCCCCGGUAACCAAAGAAGAGAAAUCGGAAAUUUCCAGAAAUCUCAGAAAAUAGUCAUAUAUUGAGUGGAGAGCAUUUUUAGCUACAAUUCGCGAUAUGAGAUUAAAAUAAAAACAAAAUGACCAAUGGAGAUGGAAAGGGGCCCAAAGUAAGUGUUAUAACUGAUAAAGUUUGUCUUAGCGUGGAAGUAUUGAAAGUCUUGAAAAUCUGGGUACGAGUUUAUUUUCAGUGUUGUGGACACUUAUGGCGGAGAAGCAUUGCACUUUAAACGUAGAGAGGGGACGGGAACGAUGGAAAAUACCAGUGAGAGGGCCAGGCGUUGCAAACGCGUGGCAAAAAAUUCCAUCCGUGCGCGGGGAGUGGACAUAGAGCAAGCAAUUUCGCUCGUUGAGCGAAUCAUUCGAAAAAGGGUCCUCGCCCACGUCUUUCCAAUUCAUUGAGCUCGAAGGAGCCUGACCCGGAAUUCUCCAUGAAAGCAAAUCACAAUCAGUUUUCAUAAGGGUGCCCGUGAAAGACUCGAUACUUGAACAUUAAUACGAUCGCAAAGAAAAAAUCAACUCUGAAUACAGAGUUAGAUUUUAUCUACAAGUUACUCCGUUAAUUGGUAUUCGAAGUGAAUGGGAAUACCGCCAAUGUUUAUUAAUGCUUCCGUCUCUGCAUCUGGUAUAUCUGUUUCCAAGUAAAAACAAAUAUACUUGAGAUUAAAAUUUUAUUUUUAGCAACACUUGUUGUUCAACAAAUUCUAUAAGAUAGUCUGUGUAUUCGUUACUAUUAAGCUGUACGCGUUAAAACUUUCGUGAGAUUGACGUUUUUAAAAUCGUCGUAAAGUAUACCCCUGCACUGUAUCAUUAACGACUAGACUCUUUUUAGUGUCACUGCAAAACUGAUUUAAAAGUGGUCGAGGUGGCCAGUCUACUGGACGUCCUCGUCCUAUUCGUGUUUCAUCGAAGAGCAUCAUGUGCACUUCAGCGGGGGAAGCGGCCUUGGGAAAGACAACAAUAUUAUGAUACAGCCGCAACGACAUGGACAGAUAGAUGCCCAUCUUGGAUUUUUGCAGCUUCAUCACAGAUAUCACAUUGACUUCUCUGUCCCUUGGAAUCUGUGUAUGCAUGGCGAUGGAAAGACACUAGCUCCAGCCAUAGUUACUGGGAAUCAUAAUCCCAAUUGUCAUAUUAUCGAUUUGGGACAAGAAAAGGACGGCCUAAGGUUAAAGGUAAUGCUGCUGGCGCAUAAGGAGAAGAUUCUGAAGGAAGAGGUGCAGAUAAUGUGUUGCAAGGCAGGAACCCCGUUAAAGAUCCAAUUGAACGCUCGUGUACUGGGGAAAGACAAGGGUACGCCGCUACUGAGGAACGGCAUACGCAGCAUCGGCGUGGAGAGACCGGAUGAAGAUGAGGUGCUGGGAACGAAACUGAGAGCAUCCCUGAGCAUGCCAAGCCGGCAGAAUAUCUGAAACAGAAGCUAAAUGUCCUGGUUCACGAGGCGAAUCACAUGAUUGACGAUGAAGAAUGUCACAGGGGAUGAAACCAACGUACGAGAACGUUCCUUAUUUCGAACGUUAAACCGUGCAAUUCUUCGCGGGACCGUCGCGCAGGAUCGUUGCGAUUAAUGAUCGUUACUUUUAUUGUUAUUAUUAUCACUAUUUUAGUUGACACACGAUUAUCAAGUGCACAUGUUUUAACUUUAAAUACGUAGUACACGCCUAUGACAAGUUUAAAGAAAAAUAAUCUCCAAACUAUUUAACAGUACAAUUGCACGUCGUAACUUUCGAAGUAGACAAUGUUCGGAGAGCUUUUUCGAGUAUGUUGGCGUUGGUCUAAUUAUGUAGGUCUACGCGGGACUCCCUCUUGCGUCGAUUUUACAAAGACGACGGAUCUUGACGCAAGAAACAGUAUUCCUUUAAUUAGCAAUUAUCGAUGGAUCACGUCGGAGACAUGUAAUUACGAGUAACUGCUAAGUACCGCAUUUGCCUACUGUUAUCUUCUUCAACGAAUACGUAUCACGCAAUGCCUAUAAAGUUUACUACACCUUUUAAUAUCCACUGUCAAUCUAUCUGUAAUAAGUGAGAUUGUAUUUUAUUAUCGUUUUACAUCGAGCGUAGGCUUUUAAAACCUUCAAUCAAAAGAAGAAAAAGAAAGAAAAAAAAAAAUGAACUACGCGAAUAACGACGCUGUUUUCUAGUUCCUCGCUAAGCUAAAAACGAAUUAUUAAAAACUUACGACUUGAACGAAAAAACGAAAUGUCUUGUGGUCUGUUAACGAUUAUCCCGAUGCAAUGGGAUCAAGAGAAAUUUUAAUUGGAGUUUUUAUCAGGCUUUUUUGAAUCGAUUGCUGUGUCGAGCUAUUCUUCAGACACGAUUCGUCAAGCCAGAAUCGAUGGGUGGUAAAUCGACCAGCUUCCCCUUUCUAUCUCUGACGUCACUGAAAUUUCUCUCGAUCUCCUUACAUUACAUAAAACCCAGCUUGUGUUUUCCCGCGCAUUUGUAACGGUAGAGAUUUGGUUAAAGUUUUCACCGUUCAUUUCGAUCUUGAAAAUUCUCUACAAAGCAUA